ACAUCAACACGAUCGGCAGUCUGUUUCAGUCAUUUGCGUCGUUCGAUCUUUUCCCUGCUCCCCCUGAUUUAUAUAUUUGAUUAGCCGAUACUAAUUAAUAAAAUCUAGAAAAUUCAAUUAAAAUCUCGCGACAAUUUAUGCGAGCGAAUAAUCCCUUCAUUUAUUCGUCGAUUAUAAUUGACGAUUAUUAUAAUUAAGUAUAAUUAAGAUUAUACGUCGUUUAUCUCUGAACAAUCAGAAAAAUUCUAAUCGCAUCUAUAUACAAAUUCAUUGGUACGAGCAAGCACUCGAGUAUUUAUGUAUUUUCUUUCGUGGAUAUUGGAUUGACACGGUCUAUUUCAAGGCCGAUAAAUAUAUAUUGUAAACUGUUGAUCGCCAGUGUGAUUCAAGACUCAUAAUAAGAUUAAUGAAGGGAGUAUUGAAGUACGAGAAAGAAACAGAUACAAAAGAAGGAAUUCUGAUCUAGAAGAAGAGAGAUAAAGAACAAACAAAUAAAGAAGGAUUUUGAAAGAAAAGUGAAUUGAAUAAUCGAGAAGCGGCAAGGUGUGCAUUUAAUAUGCUACGGAAUCUUCUGAACACGCUAAUCGGUGGUUUCAGGGAAUUCAGUACGAUUACGAAGAGGAACCCCCUUGGUGGUGGUGGUUGUGGUGGUGGCGACAGUGGUGGGAUUGGUGGUCCUCCCUUUUAAGAAGGGCGAGGAAUCAUCUCGGUCGUAGACCUCUUCACGGUAACGAGAAGGGAAGACCAGAAGAGUCACAGCCAAGGAUCUCCUCCUCCUCUACGAGCGAAGACGAAAUCGUUCACAUUAUUGAACCUUCUUCUGGUGAUAAUAGGGAAAACAACUCCGAGAUGUCCGAAACGACACCGGUUAGCUUCGUUGUCGGGGAACCCGACCCGGAUGCCGAAGAGGAGUUGGAAAUUGGCGAUAGUUUUCCCAUCGAUGGGAAUAAUGGAAACAGCCAUCAAGUUCAACAAUUCUCCAUCCUUCCAGGCUUGGUUGAACGACGUAAACGACUCAGGCCCAGCAUGUCGCAGGGUACGGUGAUGAUUCAGACACAAAGCCGAUUGCAAGAGAAAGAUUUCACCGUUGCGACACCCGAAGAAUUCGUACAUCGCUUUGGCGGCACCAAGGUUAUCAACAAGGUUUUAAUAGCUAACAAUGGAAUCGCUGCAGUCAAAUGUAUGCGGUCGAUACGACGAUGGUCUUACGAGAUGUUUAAGAAUGAAAGAGCGGUACGUUUCGUGGUCAUGGUCACCCCGGAAGACCUCAAAGCUAACGCGGAAUAUAUAAAAAUGGCCGAUCAAUAUGUCCCCGUACCUGGUGGAACAAACAAUAACAAUUAUGCGAACGUCGAGCUCAUCGUGGAUAUUGCAACAAGGACGCAGGUGCAAGCUGUUUGGGCUGGAUGGGGUCAUGCAUCAGAAAAUCCUAAAUUACCAGAGUUACUGCAUAAGAAUAAUAUCUCUUUUAUAGGUCCAUCCGAGAGAGCUAUGUGGGCUUUAGGUGAUAAAAUAGCUUCCAGUAUUGUCGCUCAAACAGCAGACGUUCCUACGUUACCUUGGUCGGGAUCUGAAUUGAAAGCUCAAUAUAGUGGCAAGAAGAUAAAGAUAUCGACCGAAUUGUUCAAGAAAGGUUGUGUUUCCACCGUCGAGGAAUGUCUUGCUGCAGCUAAUAAAAUUGGUUUUCCGAUUAUGGUGAAAGCUAGCGAAGGUGGCGGCGGUAAGGGUAUUAGAAAAUGCGAAAACGCGGAAGAGUUACCCGCCUUGUUUAGACAAGUGCAAGCCGAGAUACCAGGUUCACCGAUAUUUAUCAUGAAAAUGGCGAAAUGUGCUCGUCAUUUAGAGGUUCAAUUAUUAGCCGAUAAUUACGGUAAUGCAAUAUCGUUGUUCGGCCGUGAUUGCUCUAUCCAAAGAAGACAUCAGAAAAUAAUAGAAGAGGCACCAGCGGUAAUAGCCAAACCUGAAGUCUUCGAAGAGAUGGAGAAAGCUGCUGUAAGAUUAGCAAAAAUGGUCGGAUAUGUCAGCGCGGGUACCGUUGAAUAUUUAUAUGAUACUUCUGGCCGGUAUUAUUUUUUGGAAUUGAAUCCUAGACUUCAAGUGGAACAUCCAUGUACCGAGAUGAUAUCGGACGUUAAUCUCCCUGCUGCACAGCUUCAAGUGGCGAUGGGAUUGCCUCUUCAUCAUAUUAAAGAUAUACGUCUCCUUUAUGGUGAGAGUCCUUGGGGAGAUAGUCAAAUAGAUUUUGAACAGCUACGUCAUAAACCUCAACCUUGGGGACACGUGAUAGCUGCUAGAAUUACCAGUGAAAAUCCUGAUGAAGGUUUCAAACCAAGUUCUGGUACUGUACAAGAAUUGAACUUUAGAUCGUCGAAGAAUGUUUGGGGUUAUUUUUCUGUUGGAGCAUCGGGUGGUCUUCAUGAAUUCGCUGAUUCUCAAUUCGGUCAUUGUUUUUCCUGGGGGGAAGAUCGUUAUCAAGCUCGAGAGAAUUUGGUGAUAGCACUAAAAGAAUUAAGCAUCAGAGGUGACUUCAGGACAACGGUAGAAUAUCUUAUAACUUUAUUGGAAACCGAAGCUUUUCAACAAAACAAUAUCGACACGUCAUGGCUUGAUGUGCUUAUAGCAGAGCGUAUUAAAAGCGAUAAGCCAAAUGUUCUAUUAGCCGUCACGUGUGGUGCCAUUCAUAUUGCUGAUAGAACUAUUACUGCCGCAUUCACUGAAUUUCAGACGGCCUUGGAGAAAGGUCAAGUACAAGGCAGUAAUGAUUUAAAUAACCUCGUAGAUGUAGAACUAGUGAAUGAUGGUUACAAGUACAAAGUCCAAGCAGCUAAGUCAGGUCCUAAUAGUUAUUUCCUCGUUUUAAAUAGUUCCUAUAAAAAAAUUGAAGUUCAUCGACUUUCUGACGGUGGUUUGUUACUCUCAAUGGAUGGUGCCAGUUACACGACGUACAUGAAAGAAGAAGUAGAUCGUUACAGAAUUACUAUAGGUAAUCAAACCUGUGUAUUUGAAAAGGAUAACGAUCCGUCUUUACUUAGAUCACCAUCAGCGGGUAAAUUGAUAAAUUUUUUGGUGGAGGAUGGUGGUCACAUCGAUAAGGGACAAGCUUACGCUGAAAUCGAAGUCAUGAAAAUGAUAAUGACAGUAACGACAAGUGAAGCUGGUACAUUGUUUUAUGUGAAAAGACCAGGUGCUAUUCUCGAAGCUGGUACUGUAAUAGCUCAUUUAGAACUCGAUGAUCCAUCUUUAGUGACGAAUGCUGAGGAAUAUAGUGGCCAAUUUCCAACGCCAGCGGUACCAGCUAUACCAGACAAAUUAAAUCAUCUUCAUUCCAAAUAUCGGACUGCUUUAGAAAAUACACUAGCUGGUUAUUGUUUACCAGAUCCUUAUCAUUUGCCACGUUUACGUGAACUCAUCGAAAAAUUCAUGUUCUCUUUACGCGAUCCUAGUUUACCAUUGCUUGAACUUCAAGAAGUGAUAGCUACGAUAUCAGGAAGAAUCCCAGCUUCGGUUGAGAAGAAGAUAAGAAAAUUAAUGUCUUUGUACGAAAGAAACAUAACUUCUGUUCUUGCACAAUUUCCUAGUCAACAAAUUGCAGCUGUCAUUGACGGACAUGCUGCUACCCUUUCGAAACGUUCCGACAGAGAUGUAUUUUUCUUAACUACUCAAGCAAUCGUACAGCUUGUGCAGAGAUAUCGAAAUGGUAUACGUGGUCGAAUGAAAACUGCCGUACAUGAACUUCUUCGUCAAUAUUAUAUGGUUGAGUGUCAAUUUCAACAAGGACAUUACGACAAAUGUGUGUCCGCUUUAAUAGAACAAUACAAGGACGAUUUAAGUACUGUAACUGCAAUGAUUUUUAGUCAUAACCAAGUAACUAAAAAGAAUAUCUUAGUGACUAUGCUGAUAGAUCAUCUCUGGGCGAACGAACCUGGUCUCACUGACGAAUUGGCUAGUACUUUAACGGAAUUGACCAGUUUGAACAGAACAGAACACAGUCGUGUUGCGUUAAGAGCCAGACAGGUAUUGAUAGCUGCUCAUCAACCUGCCUACGAACUCAGACACAACCAAAUGGAAUCCAUUUUCUUAUCAGCCGUUGAUAUGUACGGGCACGAUUUUCAUCCAGAAAAUCUUCAAAAGCUGAUACUCUCCGAGACAUCUAUAUUCGAUAUCCUUCAUGAUUUCUUCUAUCAUUCGAAUCGUGCUGUUUGCAAUGCCGCUUUGGAAGUUUACGUUCGUAGAGCUUAUAUCAGUUACGAGUUAACGUGUUUACAACAUUUGGAAUUAUCAGGAGAAAUACCUCUCGUACAUUUCCAAUUUUUACUCCCUAACAAUCAUCCUAAUCGACAAACUCAGUCAAUUGUUAAUUAUAGAACAGGAGCGAUGGCAGCAUUCAAAGACUUUGAUCAGUUCCGUGAAUACUCGGAUGAGAUCUUGGACUUAUUGGAAGACCUAUCGUCGCCGAGUUCAGUAUCUGUUAAAGUCCUAGAGGCUGUAGAUGCGAUUGGUAGCGAAUCUCGUCAUAGUACAUCCAUAAAUGUAUCGCUUAGCACUGCGACAGAAGCUGCUACUGCCGCAGAAUUAAGUGAGAGGCCAGCUGAACCUGUACACAUUUUAAGUAUUGCCAUUCAAGAGAAUAGUAAUCAAGACGACGCUACUAUGGCAAGAUUAUUUGGCGACUGGUGUGCAACGAGCAAAGAAGAAUUAAUAUCUCGUGGUAUCAGAAGAGCUACUUUCGCAGCCCUAAAGAGGAAACAAUUUCCGAAAUUCUUUACGUUCAGACAAAGAGAUGGAUUUGUCGAGGAUAGAAUUUAUCGACAUCUUGAGCCAGGGUGUGCUUUUCAAUUGGAACUUAAUAGAAUGAGAACAUACGAUCUGGAGGCUUUGCCUACGUCGAAUCAAAAGAUGCACUUGUAUCUUGGACAAGCAAAGGUAGCCAAAGGGCAACAAGUUACAGACUAUCGUUUCUUUAUACGCUCUAUUAUUCGUCAUUCCGAUCUUAUUACGAAGGAAGCAAGCUUCGACUAUCUUCACAACGAAGGAGAACGCGUGCUGCUCGAAGCUAUGGAUGAGUUAGAAGUAGCCUUUUCGCAUCCUCUGGCUAAACGUACGGAAUGUAAUCAUAUAUUCUUAAAUUUCAUUCCUACAGUCAUAAUGGAUCCUGCCAGAAUAGAGGAAAGUGUUACCAGUAUGGUACUUAGAUAUGGUCCGAGAUUAUGGAAGUUACGUGUACGUCAGGCCGAAAUCAAAAUGACAAUCCGCCCAGCUCCAGGCAAAUCGACGUCAAACAUACGCUUGUGUAUUGCCAAUGACAGCGGUUACAGUAUAGAUUUACAUCUUUACGCUGAAUCGACAGAUCCUAAGACAGGUAUCAUUCGUUUUGAAUCUUAUCCACCGCCUACUGCUAAUUUAUCCAAUUGGAGACCUGGCCCUAUGCACGGUUUGCCAAUUUCAACACCGUAUCUCACCAAGGAUUACCUUCAAGCCAAGAGAUUCCAAGCGCAAAGUGCUGGUACAACUUAUGCGUACGACUUGCCUGACAUAUUUCGACAACAAGUAGAAAAGUCUUGGCAUAAAUAUAUCGAGGAGAGAUCAAAUUCAAACAUCACGAUUCCUACGUCAGUGAUGGAUUGCGUUGAACUAGUACUGGAUGGUGACAAUCUUGUUGAACAAAAGCGUUUGCCUGGUGAGAACGAUGUAGGGAUGGUAGCUUGGAGAUUAACUCUUUAUACACCAGAGUUUCCUGCUGGUCGAGAUAUUAUACUUAUUGCCAAUGAUCUCACGCAUUUCCUCGGCUCGUUUGGCCCAAAGGAGGACUUUCUAUUUUACAGAGCCUCAGAAAGAGCAAGACAACUUGGUAUUCCGCGUAUUUAUUUUGCCGCGAAUGCAGGUGCACGUAUUGGCCUAGCUGAAGAAAUCAAAGGAUUAUUCAAAAUAGCUUGGGAAGAUGAAAGUGAACCCGAAAAGGGAUUCAAGUAUAUAUAUUUGACACCAGAUGAUUAUGCUCGUCUAGCACCUUUUAAUUCAGUCAAGGCUUCCUUAAUCGAAGAUCCAGCUGGUGAAUCUCGUUAUAAAAUUACGGACAUUAUUGGCAAAGACGAUGGUAUAGGCGUAGAAAAUUUAAAAUACGCUGGUAUGAUUGCUAGCGAAACGUCCAGAGCUUACGAUGAAAUUGUCACUAUCUCUAUUGUUUCGUGCCGCGCUAUUGGUAUCGGUUCUUAUUUGGUGCGUCUUGGUCAGAGAACAAUUCAAAUUGAAAAUUCUCACAUCAUUCUUACUGGUUACCGAGCAUUGAACGCCGUCCUAGGACGUGAAGUAUACGCUAGUAACAAUCAACUAGGAGGUAUUCAAAUUAUGCAUAAUAAUGGUGUUACUCAUGCGGUUGAUAGUAGAGAUUUGGAAGGCGUGGCCACAGUUUUGAAGUGGUUAAGUUAUUUCCCCAGGGCAAAAGGAACAAGUUUGCCGAUAUUACCUUCACCUCUCCCCGAUUCUAUCAACCGAGACAUUACUUAUGUACCUACAAAAGCACCUUAUGAUCCAAGGUGGAUGUUAGAAGGUAGAUACUCACCUAACGAUCAGAAUGUCUGGGAAAGUGGUUUCUUCGAUCGUGGAUCAUGGGAGGAAAUCAUGAAACCUUGGGCACAAACUGUAAUAACAGGUCGAGCAAGACUAGGUGGUAUACCUUGUGGCGUUAUAGCCGUCGAAACAAGAACCGUCGAAUUACAUCUUCCUGCUGAUCCUGCUAAUCUCGAUUCGGAAGCUAAGACAAUAUCUCAGGCUGGCCAAGUAUGGUUCCCAGAUAGUGCCUAUAAAACUGCACAAGCUAUUCGAGAUUUUAAUAGGGAAGAACUACCGCUUGUUAUAUUUGCUAACUGGAGAGGAUUUUCCAGUGGCAUGAAAGAUAUGUACGAUCAAAUUGUGAAAUUUGGUGCUUAUAUCGUCGACGCGUUGAGAGAGUACACGAAACCUAUAUUUGUAUACAUUCCACCAAAUGGUGAACUCAGAGGUGGUGCAUGGGCAGUAGUGGACACUACAAUUAAUCCACGAUACUUAGAAAUGUUUGCUGAUACUACCAGUAGAGGUGGUGUCCUAGAGCCUACUGGUAUCGUAGAAAUAAAAUUUAGAAACAAGGAUCUCAUCAAGACGAUGCAUAGAAUAGAUCCUGUUAUUCAAAAGUUAAAAGAAAACCUUAAUACAUCAAAUUCAAUUGAAGAAAGAACAGAAAUCGAAACAGUAAUUCGUAAGAGAGAAAAAACAUUGAUACCUAUAUAUCAACAAGUUGCUGUCUAUUUUGCGGAUCUUCACGACACUCCAGAACGAAUGUUAGAAAAAAACGUAAUACAAGAUAUAAUACCAUGGCAAAAAGCAAGACCGUUGCUUUAUUGGAAAUUAAGACGAAGACUUUUGGAAGAGGAUAUCAAGAAGGAUAUUUUGUCAAUGCAACCUAAGUUCGACGUUAGACAAAUUGGUGCGAUGCUACGACGAUGGUUUAUCGAAGAUAAAGGAGCUAUAGAAUCCUAUCUUUGGGAUCAAGAUCAAGCGGCUACUACUUGGUUGGAGGCACAGCUUGUUAAUGAAAAUAGCGUUAUAUCACGUAAUAUUAUGUGUGUAAAGAAGGACGCAGUCAUUACACGUAUCAAAGAAGCUCUCGAAACCUGUCCAGAAGUAAGAUUAGAUGCUGUCUUGGAAAUUGCGCAUAGAUUAAAUCCUGCCGAACGUGCUGAAUUACAAAGGACUUUAUCGCAAAUGGAAACACCAGAUCAGGAACAUCACAUUGAUUCAAGUUCUUCAUCCUAAUUUGUGAAAAUCUUGUGCCUCUGCGUACCUGGUGUAUGUAAUUUUAUUAGGAGUAAUUCUUUGUACAGACAUUCACGUGAUAUUCUCACUUGUUGAUAGUAAUUAUACAGGUAUAGUAUAAUUUUUUGAUGGCAUAUGAUUGGUUCAAUCAUAAUUGUUUUUAACAUUAGAACUAUUGACAAUUAUUCCGGUAUAUUAAGGUAUGCCUCAUAUGUAUCUCAAAAAAAAAGAGGAAAAAA